CAUCCGCCUUCAAACAGCACUAGCACAGCGUCUUGGCUGUGUGCUUGCGAGUAUCAAAGCUACCUCCGUGACGGGCGACGACAUUCGUAGCAGAAGGCAUGCUGAUCACGAAGGAUGUGGUCAAGUUUGGCACCUUCGUGGUGACAAGACAGGUCUUUUACUUGACGCGCCUGUCAUUCGCCAUUGUCAACCUCAAACCGCUGCUGCCGGGGCAUGUGCUGGUUUCACCCAGGCGGGUCGUGCCGCGCUUCAACGAUCUUUCGCCGGCGGAGGUGCAAGACCUGUUUCUGACCGUGCAGCGCGUGUCGCGCAUGGUGGAGCGCGUCUUUGCUGCCUCAUCGUUGAACAUUGCCAUCCAGGAUGGUAUAGACGCUGGCCAAAGCGUGCCACAUGUGCAUGCCCAUAUCAUUCCUCGGAAGAAGGAUGACCUGGAACAUAAGGGUGGCACUGAUGCCAUAUACGAGAUGAUGGAGAGCGGUGAGGCACACCUUGAAACCCAGAUGAAGGCAAAGGAGCAGGCUGCCCAAGCUGAGCUCGCUGAGGACGAGAAAAGGGGCAAGUUCCCCGCGGUCGACAAUGACAGUCGCAAGCCCAGGAGCGACGAAGAAAUGCAUAAGGAAGCAGAUUGGCUCGCGGAAGAGAUGGCGAAGGAAAAUUAAGCAUAGACAAUGUUGUGGCGUCAGUCUUGACUUGGAUUCACUUACAAUACGUCUUGGCAGGCACGAAGUAUCGAAGUUUUACCCGCUCUUACAACCAGUUCCACGACCCAACACCACACUAUUGCCGCUGAAGAUCUAGGCUCGUCUGCAAAGGAUAUACCUGUAGCACCAGGUUCGCACUAAAUCAGAAAAGAGCAUCAUGGGAUUGUCUUUCAAAGUGUUUGUAUCAGUCGAGCGUCUUCCGACGCUUUGCAACCUCACACAGAGUGGUCAAACUCUGCCUUGUCAACGACGAACCCUUCGAAUCUUGCCUUUGCUGCAUUCCCAUGAUUCGCAAAUGCGAAUAUUCCUACAACAGGACCGACAAAAUCUCUCGCACUCAGCUCCAUAGCGUCUGCCUUACCCAAUUCGACAGUUUCCCCGCCAUUAAUGCUAAA